GGAUGUGGCCAGUCGUUGCCGUACUGUCGCACUCGCCCCACGUCCUUAUCGCGUCAAAUAACCUAUAACACAUAUUCACGACCACGAUAAUACAAUACAUCAAAAUUGCCACAACAAUUUUAUCGUGAAUGUACGUCCUGACACGUUUUUUUAGUAUCUUAAAUUGCUACGUAUUAGCAAUGUGACUAUAUAAUUGAAUUCGGGUAAAUAUUAAGGGUGAGAUAUAAGACGAUGUGUUAGUCUUAAGUGUGACUGGUAAAAUCUUAUUGUAAAGUGGAUCGUACGUGGAUUUUAUUGUAGGCUGUCCAUCGAGCGCAAGUAACACAUUCAUCACAAAAGGUCGUCACUCCAUCUAGUGGGGAGUCGUCCUAGACUACGGUUACUCGUACGCGGUCGCCACUCAAGAACCAUUUUUCCCCAUCGGUUGUUGAUUCUUUGAGAUGUCAAAUGAUCUGCAGAACAUCGCGUUAGAUUACAUCGGAGGUUUUAAAGGAGCCUGGCGCUAAUAAAAAUGCUGUUAAAGUACACCUAGACAGAAUAUGGAGGAACUAAUGAGGUUCAUCAGCGGCAUAGCCCUGCUCUGGCUAACAGGGCUGACAUCUGUCGGCGCCGUGAAGGUUGUUAUAGAACCUCUACCGAAAGAUCACGUUCGGGAAUUCUCCUGUGGCACCCUCUACUACAGAACCUUCUUUGUUGAUUCCAAGCGGGAUGCCCUCUACGUUGGCGCUAUGGACCGGUUGUAUCGGUUGAAUAUGAACAAUAUCAGCUCAUCACAUUGUGAAAGAGACUCAAUUAAUCUUGAGCCGAGCAACGUAGCACAAUGUGUCUCAAAGGGAAAGUCAGAGCACUUCGACUGCCGCAAUCAUAUCCGAGUGAUCCAGCCAAUGGGAGACGGCGGGCGGCUGUACGUGUGCGGCACGAAUGCCCACAGCCCUAAAGACUGGGUUUUAUACUCGAACCUAACACACCUGCCUCGUCACGAAUACGUGCCGGGCAUGGGCAUGGGCGUCGCCAAGUGUCCAUACGACCCUGCGGACAACUCGACUGCCCUUUGGGUAGAGAGGGGCAACCCUGGCAGUCUCCCAGCCUUGUAUUCGGGCACGAACGCGGAAUUCACCAAAGCAGACACUGUGAUCUUCAGAACUGACCUGCACAACUUGACAACAGGGAGAAGAGAGUUUUCGUUCAAACGGACGUUGAAAUACGACUCGAAAUGGCUUGACAAACCAAACUUCGUGGGAUCUUUUGAUGUCGGCGAGUACGUUCUUUUCUUCUUCCGGGAGACAGCGGUAGAAUAUAUCAAUUGUGGAAAAGCGGUAUACUCAAGAGUCGCAAGAGUAUGCAAACGAGAUACUGGUGGAAAGAAUAUACUCAGCCAAAACUGGGCCACUUAUCUAAAAGCAAGACUGAACUGCAGCAUACCUGGAGAAUUUCCGUUUUACUUCAAUGAAAUACAAAGCAUCUACAAGAUACCAAGUGAUGACAGCCGGUUUUAUGGAGUAUUUACAACAGCAUCUACUGGCCUCAUGGGUUCUGCUAUUUGCACCUUUACCGUUAGUGAUAUUCAAAAGGCAUUUGAGGGAAAAUUCAAGGAACAAGCCACUUCCAGCUCAGCCUGGCUGCCAGUUAUCAGUAGUAAAGUACCAGAACCCAGACCUGGCACAUGUGUUAAUGAUACAUCGUCUCUUCCCGACACUGUGCUCAAUUUUAUUAGAUCCCAUCCGUUAAUGGACAGCGCCGUCUCCCAUGAGAAUGAAAAGCCUAUUUACUACAAAAGAGAUCUGUUCUUCACUCGACUGGUAGUGGACAAAGUGAAGGUGGACAUGCAGGGUCACCAGCUAGACUACACUGUAUACUACGCCGGAACCAAUGAUGGGAAGAUUCACAAGAUCGUUCAAUGGAUACGAAAUGGUGACAGUCAGUCAACUCUGCUCGAUAUUUUCGAUGUAACACCUGGUGAACCUAUUCAGGCAAUGGCCAUCUCCCGCGCCCACGGCUCCCUCUACGCGGCAUCAGACAAACGCGUGCUACAGCUACGGUUGGCUCUGUGUGCACGGCGCUACGACGCGUGCGUGCGGUGCGCGCGAGAUCCGUAUUGUGGCUGGGAUCGAGAUGCAGGCGUCUGUCGAGAAUACGCGCCUGGAUUAAUCCAAGACGUGGUGAAUGAGACAGCUGAUAUUUGUGAUUCGUCGAUCACCCGCAAAAGCGUCUCUGCUACUUGGGGCCAAAGUCUACAUUUGGGUAGUUUUGUAAAAAUGCCAGAAGUGUUACAUCCAAGAGCUGUCAUCUGGUAUCACUACUCAAGAGACAAAGGAAAACAUGUCAUUACAUUUAAUAAACCAGAGAAAUACAUUGAGACGUCAGAACAUGGCCUUCUAAUAAUAUCAGUGAAUGAAGGGGACGCAGGCAGAUAUGAUUGCUUCUUAGGGGGAUCUCUGCUCUGUUCCUAUAAUAUCACAGUUGAUAUUCACAGAUGUUCUCCUCCAGAAAAGAGCAAUGAAUACCAGAAAAUAUAUUCGAAUUGGUGUCAUGAAUUUGAAAAAUAUAAAAACGCAAUGAAAACUUGGGAACGGAAACAAGAGCAAUGUGCGAGACAGAACGACUCGAAUCAGAACACGCAUCCGAACGAAAUAGUGUGAUAGCUUCUAAACAUCGCCUACCUCAUGUUUCAGUCGGUUAACUAUUAUGCUGGUGCCAUACCGGUACCUUACGUGUCGGCCGGUCUCAAGUAUUUCAACAUAUUCUCAUAAGAAAUUCCGUCAGCAAGCAUCCGCUCUGAAAUGCAAGUGAUCUAGCGACUUCAACGACUAACGAACAAAGUGUGUUGGGCUCAACUCUGUACACCAAUGCAAAUGUGAAUCCCCUUAGAUUUAUAAAGACAUAAAGGAAAGUGUAGUGAAAAUAAACUGUGUAUCGUUCCGACCACAACGGGAACAUGAGAUGGUGAUUAUUAGACACUAAAAAUUUUUAUGGACAUUUUAUUAAAAUAUAAAAAAAUAAAAUACGAGCGUUGUGCGUUGCUUUGUUGGAUAUGGAAUGUAAAAAGAUUUUAGAAAAAGUGAUUCUCGAAUUGUAAGUACGCUUUGUUUGUUGGUUAAGGUAUAGAAAAAUUGUUAGGAUUAUUGAAUGGGAUUUUUGAUAACGAAAUGAUAGCAAAGUUUCAUUGGUACAUUGCAUUUAUUGUAGCGUUUAUUUGUACCCGUAAUUGAAUACUGAGAUUCAUUAUUUAUUAUUGUUUUACACAAUAUUUGUAUUUUUAUGCUAGUAUGCCCAAUUCAAAGACUAUUUUUAUUCCAUUAUGUCAUUCGAUAUUUUCUUUCUUUCUGUAACCAAUAGGUAUAACAUAAUAUUUAUUUGUUAUUAUGAUAAUUAUUAAAAUCAUUUGUACUGUACUCGGAUACUAAUGAAUCGAGUACGAUGAUACGUACUGCCGUGUAGCCGUACCGCGGCGUAAUUUGAAAUCUCCGAGGGUUGUGGGAGGGUUUGCCUCAUUAUUUUUCCCCUAUUUGUGUAAAUAGUUACCUAAUUUUGUUCAACUGUACCUACUAAUGUAAGUGUACGUAUAGGAUGCACGUCCCUAAUAGUAAUGAAUAUAAUUUAAGCCUGUGAUAUAUAAGAAACUCGUUAGGAAAUAUACUUACUUUUUGGAAAUAUAAUGAAACAAAAUUAUAGGUUAUUACGUUUUUUUUUUUUUAUAUGUAGUAUAUAAUGCACUUAUUGUUUAAUGAUACGAUUGUUCUAAAUAAGCCAGAAGUUAUAGCAAAAUUACCAAAUAGUUACGACACAACAAUGCUUCUGAUUUUUAUAAUCUAGUUGCAGCCAUUAUCAAUAAACAAAUGUAAAAAUAUAUAUAUAAUUUUUUCUCGAUCUAUUCUACUUCACGCCAAGUUAUUUGUAGGUGUAAAAGAAACCAAGUACCAAAGGCCUCUGUCCUUACAAUAUCUCAAGCUUCAUCUAUUUCUAUAUAACUUAAAAUUGAUUGUUAAAAUCUGAUUGUUAAAAAAUAAAUUGUAAUAAAACCCACAUGCCUAAUUUGCAUUCAAUCUCCAAUUAUUCUACUGUAUUUAUAUAAUAUGAGGGGCUUAAUUAAUGAUCGGCUCUUUAUGGUAUUUUGGACUUAUUUCUCAUUACCUCUCCGUAUUUUUUUUGAGAACGAAACCGUUUUUGUAUUUUGUU